AUGGAUGCCCCGAGUCGCAACCGGCCCAGUCUCGAAAUCAAAACGGACUACGCAGGACCUGUCGAGACGCACCUGCGUCCCAUACAGCCCUCGACCCCUGGCUAUGAUGUGUCUAUGAGGCAGCAUGAGAGAGCCAUGGUAGAGCGCCUCGACUCCCGGGGCGGAUUGAGCAGGUCACUGUCUCCCGUCGCAGAGCAGUCGAUGUCAGCGAGGGUCAACCUGCUGACAAUGGAGAGUCCAAUGCGGUCAAGGACACCGGUAUUUCCUCCCACAGCGCCCAACACGCCAAUGCUGGCCUCUCCAUCGACGCAUAGGCGGCAGAGCAUGGCGCAGGAGGCCAGGUCGAUACUGUUGUCGGGCAUGUCCCCAUCACAAGCCAGCAGCGUGGGUGCCGUGGCCAACAGGAAGCUCUCAGCGCCGGCCGAGGUUAUCCAGAAGCAACAGAGGCCGACCAUGGCACUCCUCGAUCCAGGCAUGCUCCAUGCCUGGGGCCAUGUGUAUCUUGGUGAUCUCACCAAGGCGGACGUCCUUGUGGCGCCGGCCGCCCUGCGCCGCCUGAGUGGGACCGAGCAGCCUGACAGCGCCGGCGAGCGCAACGGCCACUCAGAUCGCAUCGCCAUCAGGGCUCGCGUGCGACCCAAGGGGAGGGAGCGCAAGCCGUUCCUGAUUGAGCGAAGCUUAGACAUGAGCGUGCUGAGGGCCGUGGUGACUUCAGCAGCCACGCCUGUGCGCUCGCCACGCCGCCAGGCGGUAGCCCCUUUGUCCCCCGACACCGUCAGCUCUCCACGCCUACCAGCAUCGCCCCUAGCCGCGAGCCGGCGCCGGUCUUCCGUGACCUCGUCCAGUCCGCUGUCGUCUCGGGCCAGCCAUCAGCAAAGGGGCGGCUCGAGGGAGAUGCCAAUCCAUCUCCCUUAUGCUCGGACCUACCUGCCAGCAUUAGCAGCUCUCAUGCUCUCGGGCCAUGUCAAGACUGGCGACACGAUAGACCUGCCGAUGCCCCAUCCAGAAGCCUGGACUCAGACCGUGGCCUACUCGUACACUGGCAGGGGCGAGCUGACUGAGGCAAUAAAGCAGAACAUCUUACACCUGGGAGGAGCGGUGUAG